AUGGCGACCGGUUCCGCAAUGCAAGAGCUGAUACCGAAUUUUCGCGACGAAAAAGUGCAAGGCGCGGUGAAAAAUCUGCUAGCUUACAGUCUCGUCAUUCUCAUUGUGCCGCUUAGCUCAAUGUUUCUGCUCAAACAGUAUUUCUUUGAAGACGAGCCCGUUCAUUUGGGUUUCGGUGUGGCGCUCGAAACCGACGACUUGUUUCGCCUUCGCUCACAAUAUCUGCCAUUGGGCAAAAUCGGCGGCAAACCGGCGUGGCUCAACCCGAAAAAUCUGCCAAAUUCCAGCGAAUUGUUGUGUAAAAACUGUGAGAAACCGCUGUGCUUCUUGAUUCAAGUGUACGCGAACAGCGUCAACGAUCCCGACCACUCGUUCCAUCGUUCGAUCUUCGUGUUCGUGUGCCGCAAUCCGAAGUGCUCGAAGUCGAACGACGCGUCGAAUCUGGCGGCGUUUCGUUGCGCGUUGCCGCGCGACAACGCGUUCUACUCGUUCGACGGUCCGAUGGAUCCCGAUUUGGACGGCGAUGUUCCCGAUCCUCGAUUGCCGGCCGACGCGGCGAAACUCUGCGAGACGUGCGGCUGCGCGGCCACCAAAAAAUGCGCCAAAUGUCAGGCGGUUUGGUAUUGCUCACGCGAGCACCAGGCUCUUGACUGGCCGACGCAUAAGACGACUUGCGGUCAACCGCCGUGCGUCGAAAGCGUCGAGCCGAAAAAUCCGCGCAAUGGCUUUGUCUUCAAAGAGUUUGGAAUCGAUAUCGAUCAGGAAUAUGUGCCGAGUCAGAUUUUCGACGAUCUCUCCGACGACGACGAUGAGGACGAGGAGGAGGAGGAGAAUGAGGAGGAGAAAGCGGCGCGAAUGAAAGAAUUCAAGCAGUUCAUCGAAAAGAGCAAAGAUAAGCAUCCUGACAUGACGCGCGAGGAUCUUGAAGCGGCUGUUGCGGAACAGGAGAAGGAUUUGGUGUUCGACAAAUUCAAUCGGUUGUUGAACUUGAAUCCUGAGCAGAUUAUUCGCUACAAGCGGAAUGGCGAUCCUCUCCCGUCGACAUGUCGCAGCGAAUUGCCUGAGCAGAUUGAGCCGUGCGCGCUUUGCGGAGCUCCGAGACGAUUUGAGAUGCAGCUUAUGCCGCAUCUGUUGUCUCUGAUUGAUGUCGACGCUAUUGGCCAAUCCAUCGAUUGGGCUUCAGUGUACAUCUACACGUGCUCCGCGAGCUGCCGAAUUCCCAACGACGGCUAUGCGAAGGAAUUUGUGGCGAAACAGGAUUUCGUCUAA